AUGCAAGGGGGUAUAAGGAGCUUUUAUGAGCAAUUACGGGAUAGUGAAUUGUUGUCAUCUAGUGGUGCAUUGCAUCCUAUUGGAUUUACCACUGAACCAAAGGUACCGUUUGGGGAUUUGCUGAAGAAACCAUUAUCAUUACCAACUGCAUUGCAGAAUGAUCAUUCCAGGAUACUUCCAAAAGUAAUGACAAACGAUACUACUGAUCACCGUACUUUAACUACAUCGUUAAUCACAUCAUUGCUGCUUGAAAACUGUGAUGGUAAGAUAUAUGAUCGAAGACAGAAACGAUUUUUUGCUAAAGUCAAGGUCGAAAGAGGUCAUUUAUUACGAUCCGCAACAGAAGGUGAUUUGGCCUUGCAGUACUUCAGUGAUAUGCAUAAUGAAACAAUAAAUUCAACUGCUAGAGACAUUUUAUUUAUGAAAUGUCUUGAAUUUGGUGAUGUUUAUCUACGAGUAUCUACAACAAAGACUUCAUUGUUGAAAGCAGUUAAUGACAUCGAAAUUCGAUUUCGUUUUCACCAGUAUUCCGAUCUGUUCAAUUUUGUAAGCCAGCUAAGUGUGGGAGAUCGUGUAAUAGUGCAACUCAAAUCCGGAACCGGUGAAAGGCGAGCGAUUGAAGAGUGUUUCAAGCCAGGUUGGGUGGAGUGGUUUGGUGAACCUGUUCCGGAUGGUGGAUUCUUGUUUGGUAUACGUCUUGAUAGUGCUGUUGGAGAUAUGGAUGGAUUUUUCAAUGGUCGACGAUUAUUUGUCGUUCCUCAUAAUGGUGCGGUUCUAGUAAGUGGUGAUCGUUUGAGAAAUCCACGAAACGUAAAUAUUUUGGAUGAAGACCCAACACUCUCUAUUUAUAGCUUCCCAUCACAUUUGGAUCAUUAUCCUGAUGAUUACUUGUCUUUAAGGCGUAGAGAACGUGAGGCUCAUAGUGUGCCUGUGUCUACGUCGGCAUUUCAAAAUGACGGCAUUAUUGUUCCUAUAACUCGCCUUAAUAGUAACAAUAGUAGCAGUAAUAUUUCUUUCAAUCGUCCAGUGGUACGGGAAGUUCCCAUACAAAUCGUGCCAGCAACAAGCAGUCAUAGCCAGGUGCUACGAUCAAACUGUCCGGCAUCAUCUGCUUCAUCAACUGUGGGCAGGUUUCCGGUGAAUGAUACGGAUGAAGCUUUUAUGAACUUGGAUGAUAAUCAAAGCCAUAAGUCUCAAGAAAAGAACGAUAUCAAUAAGGAAAUUUCAUUAUCGAAAAAACCUAUUUCUGAAAAUGUGGCAUCAGUAACAUCAUUUUUGAAGGAUUCAUCUCGUAAUUUAUCACGAAAUAGACCAGUAAAGCUCCCGGUAGCCACGGAAACAGUAAGGUUGAAAUCAAAUGAUGGAGGAUUAAUGGAAGGUGAUCGCGUGGUUUGGUUCGAUGCAUUGGGUAUACCACGACGAGGAACAGCUCGGUGGAUUGGUUAUCUUCGUGGACAUACGAACAUUUACGUUGGAGUUGAUUUUGAUGAAGCAAUAGGUGGUGGAACAGGAUAUUUUGAAUGUGUGGAGUUGUUCCGUUGUGCGCCAAAUCAUGCAGGUCUGUUACCAUUAUUGGUAUGCAUGAAAGAAGCGGAUAUGGAUGAUGAGGAAAAUAAUGCCUUGGGUAUUGGAAGCUUUGGAUUACGACAAUCAUCUGAACCGCAACAGCAACAAUUGCUAUCAUCUCCGAUUCGAAUUCAUAAGGAUAUGUCUUCAUUGCAAACAGAAUCGUUGGUUAACGAAAAAGAAAACAAAGAGACAUCGAAGCUUCCGCAGUUUACUGUAGGAUCAUGCGUUGAAGUAUUUUAUCGAAAUGAAAUGCGCUGCGGUGUUGUUAAAUGGAUUGAUAAUAAUAAUGAAUUAAUCCAAACCAACCGAUUAGUUGCUGUUGAAAUUGAAGGAGAUUUACCACACGAUUGGCGAACAGUGGAUAAAUUACAACUUGAAGAUGCUCAUAAAGCUGGUGUUUUUGCAAGUACUAGUCAAGAUUCAAUAGCUUUAGUGCCAUAUUGUGCACUUCGAUCUGAUGAUCGCUUCACUUUAUCUGAUACGUCUGAAGGCAACAAUAAUUAUGAAACAAAAACAAUGAUGUCAUCAAAUUUUGGAAGUUUGGAUAGUGGUAUUGAAGUCCGACCGUGUUUACCCGUAAAAAGUAUCGAAAACUUACUUGGCCGUAUGAAAGGAAUUCAAGGUUUCCGGAAUAGUUGCUAUCUCGAUACGACGCUUUAUGCUAUGUUUUCGCAGUGUUCAGCAUUUGAUAGCAUAUUGGAAAGCAGGUGUGAAACUAAGGAAGAUUCAAUUCAUACAGAAGUCACUGAUAUUUUGAAAACUGAAAUUGUUUAUCCACUGAGAAGGUUUCAUUUUGUUCGGGCUGAUCACGUAUUAAAAUUACGGCGACUAUUGGAGAUGCUGUUACCUAAAAUGAGAGGUUUGACGACUGACGAAAAAGACCCUGAAGAAUUACUGAAUGCUCUGUUCAAUACAGUAUUGCAGGUUAAACCGUUUCUUGUAAUGAGAAACACAACAGAUGGCAAAACAAAUCCAGCAUACAUAUGUCCUUUAAUAACAGAAGAUCUGUGGAGCGAAAAACAACGUCGACUUAUUAGUUUACAAGCACUUCUCGAAAGAUCACUUUUUGCAUCUAAUAUUCAGUUUGCAUGUGAACCAAAAGUUUUGAUUCUUCAGUUGCCACGAUAUGGGCAGCAAAAAGUUUUUGAUAAAAUAUUUCCACCUCAGGAAGUGGAUAUUACUCAUCUUAUUUAUGAAGGUAAACGGCCCUGUAUAAAUUGCGGUAAACGUGCCGAUCUGAUGUGUCCUGAAUGCUUCCUGACAAGAGAGGUGACCUAUUGUGGUCUAUGUUAUGAACAAACUCAUAACGGCUUGGAUCAUCAACCAUUGCAGCUAUCCGCCAGCAAUAAUUCGUUUUCGACAUCAUCAACCUUAUCUCUAUCUCGGCGAACGCAAGUACCACAAAAGAAGCUCCAACUUGCGUCUGUUCUUUGCAUCGAAACUUCGCAUUAUGUAGCGUUCGUGCAUACUCUUCACAGUAAUAAAUGGGUAUUUUUCGACUCAAUGGCUGAUCGAGUAGGUCUUUCUGAUGGAUAUAACGUUCCACAGGUGAAAUUAUGUGAAAAAAUGUCAAAUUGGUUGAGUGAUGCCGGUUGGCGUAGAGUUCGUGAUUGUAUCAAUCAGGAAGGACAUUUGCCGAACGACGUUGAAAGUGAUUCAGAUUUGAUGCGCUUAUUGAGUGAUUGCUAUAUUUGCUUCUAUACGGAUGAAGAGAACAAAAAUGAAGGUCUCAGUUUGUCACGUUUUUUCUCCUGA